AUGUCUUCUAUCCUGGAUGAAUACGAGGACUCGCAGAACAGCAGACACCCUGUGCAACACAGUAGCCGCCUGUCUGCUGCCAACAUCGGCAUAACACACUCCGGUACUGGGGAAAGCUACGGGCCUCUCAAUUGGGUUUUGUUUAUGAUAAGGCUAGUUGGGACCAUCUAUAUGGUUGAAUCUGCGCACCACAUUGCUUUCAUAUAUAGCCAAUAGAUUCAUUAUCUAUAUAAUGUUUAGUUAGCUUGCUACCGGGACUCGAUUAUGUUGGCGAUGAUGAUUGACAUAAGUAAUUCAUGAUUCGUUGUAGGGUUCGUGAAUGUGAGACUGGAGGAGGAGAAGCCGAUAUUCAACAAACAGAGGAUUGAUUUCUCACCCCCAGAGAAAAUCAACCACUUCGCUGUCUGCAACAAUCAGCUAUGCAUGAGUUUAGGGAAGGACACUCUUCUGAGGUAGGGGACACUUUUAUCUGCAACACCCCCCUAGUGAUCCAGCGUUAUCAGGGUCUUGUGAAUAGCCCUGUCACCCAUGCCUGUCCAUGCCUCUCUGUGUAAGACGAGCAGAAUGUGUGAGUGGUGCAGUUUGUAUCUUGACGUGAUUGCUAAAUGAUGGGAUUAAAAGCCAAAUGAUGGAUUAAGAGUUGACCAUGUCAGUCGUUCAGGGUGAUGAUGUAUAUUUUUGGAUUGGUGUAAUGAUGGUGUAAUGAUGAAUAUUUAAUGUCUUGUUGCACAACUUUAAAAUAUCUUCUGAAAUAGCUGCGUGUGUUUUCACAUAAGAUUGUAUACCGUAUUGGUAUCUAAGAUAAGUGAAUUUUACUUAAUAAAGGUGUUUAUAAAGUUUUCCUCUGUAUGUUGUUCCAGGAUUGACCUUGCCAAGCCAGACCAGCCCAACCAGAUAGAACUGGGGAGGAAGGAUGACAGCAGAGUACACAAGCUCUUCCUGGACCCCACAGGUGAGAACGAGGGAGCUCUUCCUGGACCCCACAGGUGAGAACGAGGGAGCUCUUCCUGGACCCCACAGGUGAGAACGAGGGAGCUCUUCCUGGACCCCACAGGUGAGAACGAGGGAGCUCUUCCUGGACCCCACAGGUGAGAACGAGGGAGCUCUUCCUGGACCCCACAGGUGAGAACGAGGGAGCUCUUCCUGGACCCCACAGGUGAGAACGAGGGAGCUCUUCCUGGACCCCACAGGUGAGAACGGGGGAGCUGUUCCUGAACCCCACAGGUGAGAAUGAGGGAGCACUUCCUGGACCCCACAGGUGAGAACAAGGGAGCUCUUCCUGGACCCCACAGGUGAGAACGGGGGAGCUGUUCCUGAACCCCACAGGUGAGAACGAGGGAGCUCUUCCUGGACCCCACAGGUCCCUAAAGUAGAAUACCUGCACAGUACUCAUUUUACAUUUACAUUUUAGUAAUUUAGCAGACGCUCUUAUCCAGAGCGACUUACAGUUAGUGAGUGCAUUCAUAUUUUAUUUAUUUUUCAUACUGGCCCCCCGUGGGAAUCGAACCCACAACCCUGGCGUUGCAAACGCCAUGCUCUACCAACUGAGCUACAUCCCUGCCGGCCAUUCCCUCCCCUACCCUGGACGACGCUGGGCCAACUCCCAGGCAGUAGCAACAGCGCGACUUUAGAUCAUUAGAAAGCAUUUGCCAAAAGCCACAAAAUACACCUGAAUGGAUUUCUGCAAAUACUGUAUGUAAAUAUAGAGGGAGUCCUCUUACAUUUGGGAACUUUACAGUCCUAUUGAUCAAACAACCAUGAACAUGUAGGCUCUCUCUCCCUCAGUUAUGCACAUCAACAACGACAAGAUCAACAACUAAUGUUAGCCAGAGCGAGAUGAGCUAAAAUCUAACCAGAUAAACCCUCACACACUUUUUUUGUUGUUGUUGCUUGUAGUUGGCCGUCAAAAUAGCGCUGAUAAAGAUGAGGAACAGUAGCCUCCUCGCCCUUCUGCAGCUUCUCUGCAUGUCCAAACCCACGUUCUGACAACUGAAUGGGAAAUUGCCUGCCCUCCCAUUUGAUCGAUGCCAAAUGCAUUUGGUUGACAACUAAGAGAUAUGCUAACUGUGGAUAACAGUGAUUCACAUUUCUUGCUAGCUAACCAAAUGACACUUGCAUCUCUAGCUGUAGGCACCGAAAAAUGAUAUGAGUGGGGGGGGGGAAAGUCGGCCACUCACCCACUGGUCCAAUGUCAUGACAUCCUCCCAGCAGUUAGCUAGCUAACGUUAGGCUCCGUGAUUUUAGCUUGCUACAUAAAUAGAUACGCUAGCCUAUUAGCCACGUUAUGACUGACUGAUCAUUGCCCUUGUUAGUUUGAUUGUAUUGACAUUCCCAGCCUUAGUUACAUUCGUCCGUUUUUGUCCAAAAUAUUGAGUCGUUGAAACUGAAACAGUGCAUCCCGAAUGGAGGCAGCAAACAAUGUACCAGGCCAGCUGUGAUUUAUAACCUGAUAGCAAUAUUUGUUGGACUACCAAGAAAUGUAUUGGUGAAUUAUAUGAAUCAUGCAUUGAACUGCAUCCAUCUACUCUGCCAACAAUGACUUACUGUACGUCAUGGAAUUUUGAGUAAAAAAUAACCUAUUUUUAAAACCUCUUAUGAAGUUGGUUUUGUAGCAUAAACUGGGAAUUUGAUAUUUUCGACUGAUAUUAUGAUUUUCUGUCGGUUUCAUAACUGAGAAGUAGUUAACGCUGUCAGUUCCACUUUAAAUGGACAGUCUAUUGCCCAUUGACUGUCAAGGUUUUCAUAGCUAUUUCUCAGGUAAAUGAUCACCAAGCUGUUUUAAUUAUUACUAAUUGAUGUGAGUAAACGUACUAAAGAAGUCAUUAUGGUUGUUAAUCUAAAAAAAAACAAAUGAACUAAAGAAACGUCUGGACCAAUUACAUUCACUUACUCUUACAGUUCUGUUGAGGUGUCUAUUGAAAUAGAGGUUAAUGACGUGGCAAUAAAUCACUGAUAUGAGCACCUUUCCAACCAGGAAAGAGGGUUUCAUAUAUAUGUGUGUUAUUGCUGCUUACUACACAGUGUUAGAUCUCUCAGUACCAGAUCUAACACUGCUCUCCCCUCUCCUCCCUUGCAGGGUCCCACCUGGUGAUCUCUCAGUACCAGAUCUAACACUGCUCUCCCCUCUCCUCCCCUGCAGGGUCCCACCUGGUGAUCUCUCAGUACCAGAUCUAACACUGCUCUCCCCUCUCCUCCCCUGCAGGGUCCCACCUGGUGAUCUCUCAGUACCAGAUCUAACACUGCUCUCCCCUCUCCUCCCCUGCAGGGUCCCACCUGGUGAUAUCUCAGUACCAGAUCUAACACUGCUCUCCCCUCUCCUCCCCUGCAGGGUCCCACCUGGUGAUUUCUCUCAGUACCAGAUCUAACACUGCUCUCCCCUCUCCUCCCCUGCAGGGUCCCACCUGGUGAUCUCUCAGUACCAGAUCUAACACUGCUCUCCCCUCUCCUCCCCUGCAGGGUCCCACCUGGUGAUCUCCCAGUACCAGAUCUAACACUGCUCUCCCCCCUGCAGGGUCCCACCUGGUGAUCUCUCAGUACCAGAUCUAACACUGCUCUCCCCUCUCCUCCCCUGCAGGGUCCCACCUGGUGAUCUCUCAGUACCAGAUCUAACACUGCUCUCCCCCCUGCAGGGUCCCACCUGGUGAUCUCUCAGUACCAGAUCUAACACUGCUCUCCCCCCUGCAGGGUCCCACCUGGUGAUCUCUCAGUACCAGAUCUAACACUGCUCUCCCCCCUGCAGGGUCCCACCUGGUGAUCUCUCAGUACCAGAUCUAACACUGCUCUCCCCUCUCCUCCCUUGCAGGGUCCCACCUGAUGAUCUCUCAGUACCAGAUCUAACACUGCUCUCCCCUCUCCUCCCCUGCAGGGUCCCACCUGGUGAUCUCUCUCAGUACCAGAUCUAACACUGCUCUCCCCUCUCCUCCCCUGCAGGGUCCCACCUGGUGAUUUCUCUCAGUACCAGUGAGUGUCUAUAUCUGAACAGGAACACCCAGAAGGUGAGGUCUCUGUCCCGCUGGAGAGGACACCUCAUAGAGAGUCUAGGCUGGAACAAGCUUCUGGGGACCGAGACCAACACUGGGCCCAUCCUAGUGGGAACCAGCCAGGGAAUCAUAUUCGAGGCUGAGAUCUCUGCUUCAGAGGGAAGCCUGUUUAACACCAACCCUGACCAGUACUUCAAACAGGUCAGUGGUAGGAUCUGGCAAUAAACAUAUGAGAUUAUACAGUAUAUCUUCAAGUACAUUUAGAAAAAAAUACAACACACCCCCAAAAUAAGAACUGCUGUUAAUACUGUAUGCUUUUUUUUUAUAUUGAAGUUGAACCCAUGGGGGGGCGCUGUUGGAAGCCAAGGAUGUAGCACGCGUAUCCCUAUCGCUCCUGAGUUAGUGACCAAAUUUAUAUAUUUAACUUUGCAAAAUUGCAUACAUUUCUGUUUGGCAGGCGUCUGAAGAGACCCAUAAACAACUCGGUUCAAGUUUAAUAAAUUUAAAUUCGUAAUGACGUCAACCCGGCCAAAAACAGAGUCUGCAAGAGCAGGCCGCAACAAGCCUGCAACUUCUCCCGACUCACCCCCGCCACCGAACGCUGCCAAUGCCGGCCCCACGGAAACACUGACUGUGGAGAUGCUGCAAUCCGUGAUAGGUACCCUCAAAACCGACAUUUUCGGAAAAAUUGACUGUCUCUCUACCAAUCUCAGGUCAGAGAUAUCAACGAUUAAAGACGAGCUUAAAAAAUCUAUCGAGAGUAUACAGAAUAAGCUCGACGCACAUGGGGUGACUUUAUCGGAUUUGGAGCGAGGGGCUACAGACCACAGCACUCGCAUUAGCGAGCUAGAGGCUAACGUCGGCUCAUUGACAACUAGGGUGGCAUUCCUCGAUAAUAAAUGCGAAGAUAUGGAAAGUAGAAUGCGGAGGAACAACAUUCGUCUACUGGGAAUACCGGAGGGAGUGGAGGGCCCAAGGCCCACGGAGUACAUGGCCCAGCUACUUCAGGAGCUGCUCGGGCUAGAGGAGAAGCCAUUGCUAGACCGGGCUCACCGCACUCUGCGUAGCCGACCCAGGGAUGGAGAACCCCCACGACCAUUUGUCAUCAGGGUGCAUUUCUUUCACGUCCGCAACGACAUACUGAGAAGAUCGGGAGAAGCAUCCCCUCUUCUACAUAAGGGUAAAAGAGUCUCGAUAUUUGCGGACUACACAACAGCUGUGGCUAAGAGGCGGGCUAGCUUUGGAGCUGUGAAACGCCAACUACACGCCUGCCCGGGCGUGAAGUUCGGCCUCAUCUACCCUGCGGUUUUGAGACUGACUUUACCGGACGGCUCCAUGCACAGAUUCGAGGACCCGGCUAUAGCGGCAGAUUUCAUCAACAAGAACGUGAAAGCGGCUGUUGUACCGCAUGGUGUGUAACAAAUGGUUGGCUGGCUGGUCUUCCUAGCAGGCUAGCUAGCAGGCCGAAUGGGUGACUAACGAAGCUAUCUUUGCUGGGUUCGUCGACAUAUUAAUGUCAUUCUCUUUUUUAUCUCUUUAUUUCCAGCCCAGGUUUGCCGCCUCUAAUGCCAAUAUCUGGGGUCUGCAUGGCUGUUUCAGUUUGAUCAUUUACCACCUGCGCCUGCUAAAUGACCAAUUAUAUAUUAUUAUUAUUAUAGGUUAAACCUCUCUUAAUCGAGGAUAGUUUUCCUUAGACUCUGUUGGGGACCAUUCUAUUCAUGUUUGGCUUACUCUAGUUAAAUGGUCACUAAUCUUAGGUAGCACAGAGUAAGAGUUAUCAUGCUUAGCUCUAAACUUUCUUUGUAUUUAGGGUUUUGCUUGCAUCUCAUUUGGGGAGAUGCUUCGGCAAGGGCGGGUGUGAGGGAAGGGUUUGUUCACUCUCUAUUUGUAUAUAGUUUGUAUAUGUUUUUUGUGCUUCUUUGCUUGUUUUUGUUUUUUACAUUUGCGCUUUUAGGUUCAACUAAGAUCUUCAGUUUACAUUGUACCUUGUCCUUUACACAUCCCCUCUCUUUCUUAAGAUAUGACUCAGCCUAGUGUAGCCCAUACUGCUGGAGGGAAUGGCUUUAAUUUUCUUACUUGGAACUGCAGGGGCAUAAAUAACCCAAUUAAACGUAGUAAGGUGCUACACCAUCUUCAUCAUUUGAAAGCUCACAUCAUCUUUCUCCAAGAAACUCAUCUGAAGGUAUCACAACACUCAAGUCUUAGGUGCAGAUGGGUGGGUCAGGUGUUCCAUUCCUCAUUUCAGAGUAAGGCGAGAGGGGUGGCUAUUUUACUUCACAGAUCGGUACCUUUUACAUGUUCUAAGGUGAUCGCAGAUCCCCACGGUAGAUAUAUAAUUGUCAGUGGUAGGCUGCUCAAUACAAAGGUUCUUCUUGUUAAUAUCUAUGCUCCUAAUUGGGACAAUGGUGAUUUUUUCAAAUCGGUUUUCUCUACACUCCCAGAUAUGUCCACCCAUAUGUUGAUUUUAGGAGGUGACUUUAACUGUUGGUUAGACCCACAAUUGGAUCGAUCCUCCACUAAACCUACCACCUUAUCAACCUCAGCUAGAGUUGUUCGAACCUUUAUGUCUGAAUUCGCAGUCUCAGACCCUUGGAGAAUGGUUAAUCCAACUGGGAAAGCAUACUCUUUUUUCUCAUCGGUUCACCACACUUUUACGCGCAUAGACUACUUCCUUGUUGAUGACCGGCUCCUCCACUCCAUAUCUUCAUGUUCAUAUAACCCAAUUGUAGUAUCUGACCACGCCCCUGUUACUAUGGAAGUAGCUUUUCAAAAUCUUGACAAUCAGCGACCGCCUUGGCGACUAAAAACUCAACUGCUCAGUAAUGAACACUUUGUCAAUUUUGUUUUGAGUCAAAUCGACUUUUUCAUGAUUACAAAUAGAACCCCAAACAUCUCUGCGUCUACUCUCUGGGAAACUUUGAAAGCUUAUAUCAGAGGUGAAAUUAUCUCCUACGCCGCACAUGAGAACAAAUUGAAAAGGAAUAGGUUAUCUAUGUUAACACGCUGUAUUGCCCAAUUAGAUGACAUUUAUGCCGUUUCACCAUCCCCGGAUAUUUAUAAGGAACGUUUAACUCUGCAAGCAGAAUUUGACACACUAUUAACAGACCAGGUUACUGAAAUGCUUGUCAAGUCUAGGAGCACUUACUAUGAACAAGGAGAUAAAGCCAGUAAAUUAUUAGCUCACAAGUUACGUCAACUAUCAUCAUCAUCUCAGAUUACAAAAAUCCGUACAUCAUCUGGGAUAUCAUUAGAUCCUGGGGGGAUCAAUGAGGAGUUCAAGAGAUUUUACCAGUCUCUAUAUACCUCUGAAAGUAAAGCGGAUACACUGGAAUUGGAUGAUUUCUUCCACUCACUUUCUGUGCCUUCGGUCGGCCGGGAUUUGGUUAAAAAAUUAGAGCAGCCGAUCACUGUUGAAGAACUGUCUAACGCUGUCAAAUCCCUUCAAUCUGGGAGAAGCCCAGGGCCUGAUGGCUACCCGACAGAGUUUUAUAAAAAGUUUAUCACCAAAAUAGCCCCUAUUCUAAUUGAAAUGUACAAUGAUGCAUUUGUAAAUGGUGCUCUCCCACAUACUCUCACUCAAGCAACCAUUUGUGUUAUUCUUAAAAAAAACAAAGACCCUCUUGACUGUGCAUCAUACUGUCCAAUUAGCCUGCUAAAUGUGGACUAUAAAAUUCUAGCCAAAAUUCUGGCAACGCGGCUAGAAACAGUCCUCCCAUCAAUUAUCUCUCCGGAUCAAACAGGAUUUAUAAAAAAUAGACACUCAUUCUUCAAUCUCCGAAGAUUAUUUAAUAUUAUAUACAAUCCUCCUGUCGACAAUACCUCUGAAGCCAUUAUAUCCCUGGACGCGGAGAAAGCGUUUGAUCGGGUGGAAUGGAAAUACCUUUUUUACACUCUAAAUAAAUUUGGCUUUGGCUCCAAAUUCAUGACCUGGAUAAAACUUCUGUACUCAUCCCCCCAAGCCUCUGUCAGGACUAAUAACACUCAAUCAGAUCGCUUCCCUUUGCAAAGAUCGACACGUCAGGGUUGCCCCUUAAGUCCCUUACUGUUUGCCCUCGCCAUAGAGCCACUUGCAAUAGCACUUCGCUCCAACCCCCUCAUCAAAGGCAUAGUCAGAUACGGGCACGAACACAAACUGUCUUUAUAUGCAGAUGAUUUAUUAAUAUACACAUCCAAUCUUUCUGUCUCUGUCCCUGCUGCCCUUGCCACUUUCGCAUCCUUCGGUCACUUAUCAGGGUAUAAACUAAAUCUCAGUAAAAGUGAACUGAUGCCACUUAACAUGGCUGCAAAAAAAUUCCCUCUACAUAACUUGCCAUUUAAAAUAGCUCACAGUAGUUUUAUUUAUCUCGGGGUACAUGUCACAAUUAGGUUUGAAAACCUUUUUCAAGCCAAUUUUGCUCCUCUCUUAACCCGUACUAAGGACGAUUUGGAACGGUGGUCUUUGCUACACCUCUCCUUAGUUGCUAGAAUUAACUCUAUUAAAAUGAAUACUCUCCCUAAAUUCUUAUACCUCUAUCAGUGCCUUCCAAUAUUUCUACCCAAUGCAUUUUUCAAAAAGAUCGACGGCCUAAUUCUACCCUUUAUAUGGGACAAAAAGCCUCCUAGGAUGCGAAAACAGCUCUUGCAGAGGCCCAAACCAGACGGCGGUCUAGCUCUACCAGAUUUCAGAUUCUAUUAUUGGGCCGCUAACCUUAGGAUCAUUCAGUACUGGUUGCAGAGCAGAGUGAUACUCCCACCCCCAACUUGGCUGGAGAUGGAGGCUGCCUCGUCUACACCGGCAUCAUUGUCUUCCCUCGCUCACUCCUCUAUUACAGGCCCUUACUCCUCCUUCACCAAUAAUAUAUGUGUCAAAACAACAUUGAAGAUCUGGAAUCAAUUUAGGCGCCACUUUGGGUUUCAAACAACCUCUUCCUUGGCUCCGGUAGCCUCAAACCCAGCUUUUCCCCCAUCUAUGAUUGAUGGUGCUUUCUCAACAUGGUCUAAUCUCGGUAUUAAAAGAUUCAGAGAUCUGUAUACUAACAAUACAUUUAGUACGUUUCAACAAUUAUCAGCUAAAUUUGGUCUCCCCAGACAUCAUUUUUUUAGGUUCUUACAAGUCCGGAGUUAUGUCCGCAGCAUAGAUCCAGGAUUCCCCAACCUUUCUGGUGGAACACAGUUCGACACAUUUCUCACCCCACUUCCUAAUCAGAAAGGCACAUUGUCAAUAAUCUAUAGUCAAAUUUGCUCACUACAAGCCAUCUCAUUAAACAAUAUCAAAUCCUCUUGGGAGGAGGAACUGGGUGAGGAAAUACCUGAUGAACUAUGGGAAGGGGCACUCAAAAGGGUACAUAGCUCUUCUAUUUGCGCUCGACACGGCCUCAUCCAAUGCAAACUCAUUCAUAGGGCCCACUGGACCAAAGCAAGACUAUCAAAAAUUUACAAGGAUGUGAACCCUAAUUGUGUUCGAUGUAACCAGUCCCCUGCUAAUCAUGUGCACAUGUUUUGGUGCUGCCCAUCUCUUGUUGGUUUCUGGAAAGACAUCUUUAACACACUCUCAGAAUUAAGCGGUACACAGAUCGAGCCAGACCCUCUCAUUGCAUUAUUUGGAGUUUCCUUACCCACAAUACAAUUGACCAAAAUGAAUAAGGAUGUAAUUGCCUUUGUCACGUUGUUAGCGAGACGAUUAAUUUUACUUAGAUGGAAAUCCUCUGCAGCCCCUUCUCAUGCUCUUUGGAUUAAAUCUAUUUUGAAUUGCAUAAAGUUGGAGAAAAUAAAACAGACACUCAAUGGGUCUGUAGACAAAUUCUAUGCAAAGUGGGCUCCCUUCUUUUCUUAUGUUAAAGGAAUACAUUUCCCUGCAGUUCCAGAUUGAUGUAUAUUUAUAUAUUGGUGAUGUAAGAAGCCUGGUAUGUGCAUAUACGACAUCUCGGAUGUUAAGGAUGGUAAUAACUGUGCUAGCUGACCUAUAACAACUGGAUCAAAACAUAUAUUUUUCCUUUUUUUUGUAAUUUUUUUGUAAAUUUUAUUUAUUAUAUUUUUUAUUUUUUAUUAUUAUUAUUUUUUUUGUUUGUUUUUUGUUUUUGUUUUAUCUUAUUUAUGUAUUUAAUGUCUAUUUUUUCUUUCAUGUCUGUCUCUCUAUGUCUUGCUGUAUCGUUGUCUUCAAAUUGUUGUUCCAUAUUCAUACCAAAUAACUUCCAAGUGCAAUUAUUUACUAAAUGCUGGUACUGAAAAUUCAAUAAACAAAGUAUAUAAAAAAAAAAAAAAAAGAAGUUGAACCCAUGGAAAGCCAUGCUAAUAAAACCUCUUGACAUUCUAACUAAUCAAUCAGUGUUGAGAUGGUUACAUUCAUUGGUUACACUCCUUCAUGUGAACUUAUCCACAGGCUGCAAGCUUUUGCUAACAUCUUUUGUUAUCGUAUUUGAUGUAGCUUUUUGAAAGUACGUUUGCAAAACUAGUUCCUUUAUUAUGAUGAGUAAUGUAUGUGAUUGAAACACAGGUCCAUUCCCUGGAGGAGGAUGGGAAGCCAGCUCCAGUAUGCUGUAUGGAGGUGGAGCGAGGUCUGGAGUCUAAAGUCUUCAUCAUCGCCACCACCAGGAAGCGCCUGUUCCAGUUCGUAGGUCGCGUGGCAGACGGGUCAGAGCAGCAAGGCUUCAGCUCCAUCUUCUCACAGAACCAGGUCUGUUAAAACAGCCUUUUAAAACUACAUUGCUGUGUCAGAAAUUACACCCUAUUCCCUAUAUAGUGCACUACUUUUGGUCAGAGCCUGUGAGGUUCUUCAUAACUUGUUAUAACCGUAUAUGAACCCUUUUAUUGUGUCUUAUGACUAGGCUUAUAAUAUGCUAUGUCUACUACUACUACUACUAGGAGCUGCUGCCCAGCUUCCAGGAGUUUCCCUUUAACAUGGGCUACAGUGAGAUCACCUUCUACACUUCCAAGCUCAGGUCCUGCCCCAAGGCCUUCGCAUGGAUGAUGGGUAACGGAGUUCUCUACGGUCAGCUGGACUACGUCAAGCUGGACUCGCUGCUCAGUGAUGUGCAGGUACUGUUUUCUAUACUAUUCUAAUAUUUUUAGGCGAGUGUACUUUAAGGUUUGAUGUGUUGUAUUUAUCAUGGGCUGUAGUGGUAAGCUCCCCGCAGUUGAUAUGGGUGUUCUGAAGGUCUAUUUGUCACUGGUCUUUCAAAAGAAUCCUAUUGUAUUCUAGAAAUUCAUAUUGCUGCUGCAGUACUUUUUUAUAUAUAUUUUUAUAACACAUUCUUUCCAUCUGUCUUUCGCUCCCUCUCUCCAUCAGGUGUGGGAUUACACCCCAGACAUAGACUUCAGUUUCAACAAGCCCAUCUCCAUCGUGUUGACUCAGUUCCACUUUCUACUCCUCCUCCCUGACCGCGUCAAGGCCAUCUGCACACUCAACGGACAGGUGGGCGCACACACAUGCACGGACGGGACAGGACGGGACAGGACUCUGCCUUUGCUGCUGCUUGCUCUGUGGGGUCUAGGUCAGGUUACUGUGGGGUCUAGGCCAGGUUACUGUGGGGUCUAGGUCAGGUUACUGUGGGGUCUAGGUCAGGUUACUGUGGGGUCUAGGUCAGGUUACUGUGGGGUCUAGGUCAGGUUACUGUUGGGUCUAGGUCAGGUUACUGUUGGGUCUAGGUCAGGUUACUGUGGGGUCUAGGUCAGGUUACUGUGGGGUCUAGGUCAGGUUACUGUUGGGUCUAGGUCAGGUUACUGUUGGGUCUAGGUCAGGUUACUGUGGACGGACGGACGGACGGACGGACGUUUUAUGAAUACAUUCAGUUGAUUGAUUGAUUGAUUGACAGGUGGUGUGCGAGGACGUGUUCCCUGAUAAGUUUGGCACCCUGAAGAAGAUGAUCAAGGACCCAGCAGGAGGCCUGGUGUGGAUCUACACUGAGAAGGCCGUCUUUAGGUACGUUUACAUUCCAUUUAGUUUUGUAGUCAUUUAGCAGACACUCCUACUCAGAGAGACAUACAAUCACUGCAUUCAACUAGGAUCGGUAGAACAACCACAUAUCACAGCCGUUGCUAAUUAAACCUUGUCCAGCCACUAUCUGUGAAAUCAGACUAGAUCUGCCAUUGCUAGUUAAACCUUGUUCAGCCACGAUCUGUGAAAUCAGUGCUAGAAACAAAAGACCAGGUGUUUUUUUUUCUCUCUCUCUCAAUCCAGAUACCACAUCCAGAGAGAAGCCAGGGAUGUGUGGCAGAUGUACAUGAGUAUGAACAAGUUUGACCUGGCUAAGGAGUACUGCCGGGACCGGCCAGAGUGCAUGGACAUGGUUCUGGCUAAGGAGGCAGAGCACUGCUUCCAGAACAAACGCUAUCUGGAGAGUGCCAAGUGCUACGCUCUGACCCAGAACUACUUUGAGGAGAUCGCGUUGAAGUUCAUCGAGGCGAAACAGGAAGAAGCUCUGAAAGAGUUCCUUCUAAAGAAACUCAACAACCUGAAACAGGUAGGAUGUUUUUGGUGACUUUAGUGUGUCCAAAAUGACAUCGUAUGGGCCCUGGUCAAAAGUAGUGCACUAUAUAGGGAAUAGGGUGACAUUUGGGAUGCGGACUUAUUUUGUGUGAUCUGAGGUAACUUGUAACAACUCUUUUGUGUGAUCUGUUUUUAACUCUUUUAAAAAUCAUGUUACCCCUGCUUGCAAUUCAAAUUUCCCCCUGGGGACAAAAACAUUUUGAUUGAUGAAUUAAAACAGAGUGAGAAGACCCAGAUCACCUUACUGGUCACCUGGCUGACUGAGCUCUACCUGAACCGCCUGGGGCUUCUGCAAUCAGACGAGGGGAAACAUGGGGUGUUCCAGGAGACGCGUGAUGAGUUCCGGAAGUUCCUCAGUAGCUCCAAACACAAGGAGUGUCUCUAUAACAACCGUACGACCAUCUAUGACCUGCUGGCUAGCCAUGGCAACGUGGACGACAUGGUCUACUUCUCUGUCAUCAUGAAGGUAUCUUAUGACGCUAUCUAUCCAGGCUUGGGCUCAAUUCCAUUUUCAAUUCUAGUCAAUUCAGAAAGUGAACCAAAUUCCUAUAUAUAGAUAGAUAUAUUUGAUUAUUUAAAACACGAUACAACCACACGUGUGGAUAAUGCAUUUAAAAUCAUUUGAGGAUGACAAAAAAUAGUUUGAAAACUUAUUUCCAUUGGGAUCCUCUUAAAUAAAUGGCUCUAAUCAUUAACAAACAAUAGCAUAGCAGGCUGAAGACCUGAAAGUCUCAGUCGGCUUGGGAUGAAGUUGAGGCAAUUUGGGUUGGAAAGGCUGUGUAGGUUCAGUGGAGAGGGCACCGAUGGGACAACCAAGGAGAAACAAAGACGGUCUGAAAGAAAUGGCCAAGGGGUCUUCAACACCUGCUUUUCUGAAUGGUCAGUCACUCCAUUGGAGCCGCUUUUCUGCUACUGGUCCUCCAUCGCCAGGAAUGUUUUACAUUUUACAUUUUACAUUCAUUUAGCAGACGAUCUUAUCCAGAGCGACUUACAGGAGCAAUUAGGGUUAAGUGCCUUGCUCAAGGGCACAUCGACAGAUUUUUCACCUGGUCUGCUCGGAGAUUAGAACCAGCGACCUUUCGGUUACUGGGCACAACGCUCUUAACCACUAAGCUACCUGCCGCCCGGGUGAUGUCACAGCUGCUGAAAAGCGCACGAAAAGCCACCACAUCUUGGCAGUGGUUAGGAGCGUUCCCUGAACAGUCCCUGACUUUCCUCUGCUACCUCUGGACACAUCUUGCAUUCCCUGAACAGUCCCUGACUUUCCUCUGCUACCUCUGGACACAGCUUGCAUUCCCUGAACAGUCCCUGACUUUCCUCUGCUACCCCUGGACACAGCUUGCAUUGCCUGAACAGUCCCUGACUUUCCUCUGCUACCUCUGGACACAGCUUGCAUUCCCUUAACAGUCCCUGACUUUCCUCUGCUACCUCUGGACACAGCUUGCAUUCCCUUAACAGUCCCUGACUUUCCUCUGCUACCUCUGGACACAGCUUGCAUUCCCUGAACAGUCCCUGACUUUCCUCUGCUACCUCUGGACACAGCUUGCAUUCCCUGAACAGUCCCUGACUUUCCUCUGCUACCCCUGGACACAGCUUGCAUUGCCUGAACAGUCCCUGACUUUCCUCUGCUACCUCUGGACACAGCUUGCAUUCCCUUAACAGUCCCUGACUUUCCUCUGCUACCUCUGGACACAGCUUGCAUUCCCUUAACAGUCCCUGACUUUCCUCUGCUACCUCUGGACACAGCUUGCAUUCCCUGAACAGUCCCUGACUUUCCUCUGCUACCUCUGGACACAGCUUGCAUUCCCUGAACAGUCCCUGACUUUCCUCUGCUACCUCUGGACACAGCUUGCAUUCCCUGAACAGUCCCUGACUUUCCUCUGCUACCUCUGGACACAGCUUGCAUUCCCUCAACAGUCCCUGACUUUCCUCUGCUACCUCUGGACACAGCUUGCAGUCCUUGGUGUAAUACUUCCAAACAGAUGAAACAAAAAGCCACAUUACUUGAAUCCAAACAGCCAGCCAGCUAGCUAGCUAGCGAGCCAAAAUACUUUUCAUCAUGAUCCUGCAACUCUGAGAGUCAAGACCAUAGGAUAUAGUGAUCAAACCCUAGAGAAGCCAGAACCACCCAAAAACUAUUACAAAAUGCAACAAAAAACACUAAAAAAAAAAAAAAAGUAUCUAUAGAGCUCGCCUAUGCUACUUUACAGUGCCAUGGCAACCACGGAACCAAAUUCCAAUUCCACAUUGAAAAGCAUUGAAGAGAAUUGGAAUUUCAGUGUACUUCCUGAAUUGAAAUAGAAUUGACCCCAACCCUGCUGUUCAUUCAGGGUAUUGUAUUGUAGGAUUUAUUGCCGCUCUCUUUUGGUUGUCUCUAACAGUGUUCAUUUUGUCAAUAACUAUGACGAAAAAUACUCAUCAACAAGCUAUUUUUCCUGACUAAAACUACGGCGAUAAUGAGAUGAGACGCCCUGGAAAAAAUUCAUAACUAUUAAAAAUGACUUCAUUUUAAUAGACAAAAAAUGUGACGAGACGAGAAUUCCACGGGAGACUAAUGGACAUUUGUCCCUCGGACUGCUAGAUGGUGAAGCGUGAUUCAUCACUCCAUAGAACGCGCUUCCACUACUCCAGAGUCCAAUGGCAGCGGGCUUUACACCACUCCAGCCGACGCUUGGCAUUGCGCAUGGUGAUCUUAGGCUUGUGUGCGGCUGCUCGGCCAUGGAAACCCAUUUCAUAAAGCUCCAGACUAACAGUUCUUGUGCUGACGUUGCUUACUGUAUAGUGUAUGGACAUGAAGGCAGGGUAAAGUGACUAGGCAUCAGGAUAGAUAAUAAUAAGGUAUUUGAGGUAGAUAUGUACAUGAAGGCAGGGUAAAGUGACUAGGCAUCCGGAUAGAUAAUAAUAAGGUAUUUGAGGUAGAUAUGUACAUGAAGGCAGGGUAAAGUGACUAGGCAUCAGGAUAGAUAAUAAUAAGGUAUUUGAGGUAGAUAUGUACAUGAAGGCAGGGUAAAGUGACUAGGCAUCAGGAUAGAUAAUAAUAAGGUAUUUGAGGUAGAUAUGUACAUGAAGGCAGGGUAAAGUGACUAGGCAUCAGGAUAGAUAAUAAUAAGGUAUUUGAGGUAGAUAUGUACAUGAAGGCAGGGUAAAGUGACUAGGCAUCAGGAUAGAUGAUACGUGUAAAAUAAUGAACAGAGUAGAUGCAGCAAAUGAUGAGUGUAAAAGUGUGUGAAUGUGCAUGUGUUGUUACAGCUCUCGCGCCCCGGUCCACAAAUGCGAGUUGCGGUUGCUUUUUCCUAUGGAAAAAAAUAAAAUAAUGCUAUUUGUUGAAUGUUAGGUGUACAGUAAUAUUUCUGGCAUUUUUGUAAAGCUCAAAUUCUCCCCCUUUUUUUCAAGGAAACCACUGUUAUUUACCCCCCCCCCCCCCCUUUGACGGUUAUGAUGGGGAGAAAAUCAGAGCUGUAAAAAAUGUUUAACCUGUAGCCAAGGCUUUAUAGCUGCCGAUCCAUUUAUCAUCACUCCACUUGUCUUGUCUAAUUAAUGAUGAUUUAUUUUAGUUUAUUUAUUAAUUUAUGACGGGGAGAAAAUCAGACGUUUAACCUGUAGCCAAGGCUUUAUAGCCUUUACUGUUAAUAAUGUCUGGCAUCGGUUACAGUCUGCCACAAUAUCAAUGUUACCAGCUAAGGUAUAGGAGGGGUAUUAGGCCUAGUUGGACGAGGCUAUCUGAAUGUUCACAUGACGGAAGAUAAAGGAGUCAUUAUUAUGUCUGUGACUAAACUUGUCCAGAGUUUUAGUCGACUGAUAAUAACUAAAAGUAACGGAGGAUGAAAUGACUAAAAUGUGACUUAAGACUAAAAGGUAUUUUUAAGACUAAAUCUAAAUCUAAAAAUAGCUGCUCAAAUUAACACUGGUCUCUCUAAUGGUACGGCAAUUUUCUGCCACCUUUAUUUUCCGUUUUGUAUAAUAAAACUUGCUGCUGCUGUUUUGACAUUUUCUGGGAUUUAAGAAAGAAUCUACAUCUAUUUAUCUCUCUCUCUCUAGGACUAUGAGAGGGUGAUCUCCCACCACUGUCAGCAUGAUGACUAUAGCGCCGCCCUGGAGGUGCUCUCUAAGCACUGCGACGAGAAGCUCUUCUAUAAGUUCUCCCCCAUCCUCAUGCAACACAUACCUAAGAAGGUGAUACGGUGAUUUUGCGUUGAAAUGUUUUGUUGUUGUUGUUAUUAUUAUUGUCUUUGUGUUCAAGUACAAUGCAAUUCAGUUUGACAUGCCAUACAUAACCAUACUUUAUUUUACAUUUUCACGGAAAUUCAUGGCAUGUCAUGUGCCGAUUUUUGUGUAUUUGUGAAAGGGAAUUAUUAAUGAACAAUAACCUUUAAUAAUCAUAAGGUGGUGGAUGCCUGGAUCCAGAUGGGCAGCAGGCUGGAACCUAAGAAGCUGAUCCCAGCCCUGGUCAACUACAGUCAGAUGGGUUCUACACAACAGAUCCACGAGACCAUCCGCUACAUGGAGUUCUGCGUCUACCAGCUCACGGUGACAGAAGAGGCCAUACACAACUACCUGCUGUCCGUCUACGCCAAGUACAAACCUGAGAGUCUCCUGUGGUACCUGGAACAGGUAGGUUCAAGGCUGUGUCCGUCCCAAAUGGCACCCUGCUCCCUAUAUAGAGCCCUACUUUCGACCAAGGACACACAGACCAAAUGUCUAUCGCUAACUUUAAAAAAAAUAAUUACCUGUUUUAUAUUUUAUUCUAGUUUACUCUUGAGUGUCCUUGGGUAUCUUGAAAGUAAAUCAAAUAUAAUACAUUAAAAUGUAUUAUUAUUAACACAUAAACAUAGGUUAUUUUAUGAUUAAUAAAUCAAAUGUGUUAUUGUUAUUGACAGGCUGGGACCCACGCUUCAGACAUCCACUAUGAUUUAAAGUAUGCCCUGAGGCUGUGUGCUGAACAUGGCUACCUCCAGGCCUGUGUUCUGGUCUAUAAGAUCAUGGGGCUGUAUGAGGAAGCUGUCGAUCUGGCCCUACAAGUGAGUGUCUUGGCUAGUUUUGAUUAAUAUGUAGCUAACUGUUGAUCAUUUGAUAUUAACAGGAUAUUGCAAGAUAAGAAAGUGCAAAUAGUGGGCUACACCAUCAAUAUAUACAUACGUUAUCUCAAUAUAUAUACAUACAUUAUCUCAAUAUAUACACAUACAUUAUCUCAAUAUAUACACAUACAUUAUCUCAAUAUAUACACAUACAUUAUCUCAAUAUAUGCAUACAUUAUCUCAAUAUAUACAGACAUUAUCUCAAUAUCUGCAUUCAUUAUCUCAAUAUAUACAUACAUUAUCGAAUUUUAUUUGUCACAUGCUUCGUAAACAACAGGUGUAGAUUAACAGUGAAAUGCGUACUUACAGGCCCUUCCCAACAAUGCGGAGAGAAAGUAAACAGAAAUAAUAGAAAUGUAACUAUUUAGCAGUCUUAUGGCCUGGGGGUAGAAGCCGUUCAGGGUCCUGUUGGUUCCAGACUUGGUGUACUGGUACUGCUUGCCGUGCGGUAGCAGAGAGAACAGUCUAUGGCUUGGGUGGCUGGAGUCUUUGACGAUUUUUAGGGCCUUCCUCUGCCACCGCCUGGUAUAGAGGCCCUGGAUGGCAUGGAGCUCGGCCCCAGUGAUGUACUGGGCUGUACGCACUACCCUCUGUAGCGCCUUGCGGUUGGAUGCCAAGCAGUUGCCAUACCAAGCGGUGAUGCAGCCAGUCAAGAUGCUGUCAAUCUUGCUUUUUGUAUAACCUUUUGAUGAUCUGAGGGCCCUCUUUCGUGCCCUCUUCACGACUGUGUUGGUGUGUGUGGACCGUGAUAGAUCCUGAGUGAUGUGGACAACGAGGAACUUGGAGCUCUCGACCCGCUCCACCACAGCCCCAUCAAUGUAAAUAGGUGCGUGCUCGGCCCUCCGUUUCCUGUAGUCCACGAUCAGCUCCUUUGUCUUACUGACGUUGAGGGAAAGGUUGUUGUCCUGGCACCACACUAUCAGGUAACGGACCUCCUCCAUAAAGGCUGCCUCAUCGUCAUCAGUGAUCAGGCCUACCACCGUCAUGUCGUCGGCAAACUUAAUGAUGGUGUUGAAGCCGUGCACGGCCACGCAGUUGUGUGUGAACAGGGAGUACACGAGGGGACUGAGCACGCACCCCUGAUGGGCCCCCUGUGUUGAGGGUCAGUGUGGCGGAUGUGUUGUUGUCUACCCUCCCCAACUGGGGGCGGCCCGUCAGGAAGUCCAGGAUCCAGUUUCAGAGGGAGGUGUUUAGUCCCAGGGUCCUUAGCUUAGUGAUGAGCUUUGUGGGCACUAUGGUGUUGAACGCUGAGCUGUAGUCAAUGAACAGCAUUCUCACAUAGGUGUUGCUCUGGUCCAGGUGGGAAAGGGCAGUGUGGAGUGCAAUAGAGAUUGCAUCAUCUUUUGGAUCUGUAGGGGCAGUAUGUGAAUUGGAGUGGGUCCAGGGUGUCUGGGAUGAUGGUGUUGAUGUGAUUUAAUGACCAGCCUUUCAAAGCAUUUCAUGGCUACAGAUGUGAGUGCUACGGGGCGAUAGUCAUUUAGACAGGUUACCUUGGCAUUCCUGGGCACAGGGACUAUGGUGGUCUGCUUGAAACAUGUAGGUAUUACAGACUGGGUCAGGGAGAGGUUGAAAAUGUUAGUGAAGACACUUGCCAGCUGGUCAGCGCAUGCUCUGAGUACGCGUCCUGGUAAUCCGUCUGGCCCUGCAGCCUUGUGAAUGUUAACCUGUUCAAAGGUCUUACUCACAUCGGCUACAGAGAGCGUGAUCACGCAGUCAUCUGGAACAGCUGGUGCUCUCAUGCAUGGUUCAGUGUUGCUUGCCUCGAAGCCAGCAUAGAAGGCAUUUUAUAUCCCGAGUGGCACAGCGGUCUAAGGCACUGCAUCUCAGUGCUUGAGGCGUCACUACAGACCCCCUGGUUCGAUUCCAGGCUGUAUCACAACCGGCCGUGAUUGCGAGUCCCAUAGGGCGGUGCACAGUUGGCCCAGCGUCGUCCGGGUUUGGCUGGUGUAGGCCGUCAUUGUAAAUAAGAAUUUGUUCUUAACUGACUUGCCUAGGUAAAUAAAGGUAAAAUAAAAAAAACUUUGCUCAUCUGGUAGGCUCGCUUCAUUGGGCAGCUCGCGGCUGGGUUUCCCUUUGUAAUCCGUGAUAGUAUGCAAGCCCUGCCACAUCCAAUGUAGUAGGAUUCGAUCUUAGUCCUGUAUUGAUGCUUUGCCUGUUUGAUGGUUCAUUUUAGGGCGUAGCGGGAUUACUUAUAAGCGUCUGGAUUAGUGUCCCGCUCCUUGAAAAUCCGUUCCUCAAGCGGCUGGUGCAACUCUUCUCCUGUGCUGUUUUCCCUCUCCUUCCAGGUGGAUGUGGACAUGGCCAAGUCGUGUGCUGACCUGCCUGAGGAUGAUGAGGAGUUGAGGAAGAAGUUGUGGCUGAAGAUCGCCCGUCACGUGGUGCAGGAGGAGAAGGAUGUGAAGAAGGCCAUGAACUGUCUGUCCAGCUGUAACCUGUUGAAGAUAGAAGACAUACUGCCUUUCUUCCCAGACUUCGUCACCAUAGACCACUUCAAGGUAAUACUGGAAUCAAAUGUUUAGGUCCAGAAUCUAAAACAAAUGAACAAACAAACAAGCGCACACACACACACACACACACACACACACACACACACACACACACACACACACACACACACACACACACACAAGACAGUAUUUGAGGUGCACUUAAUUUACCUUGGAUCUUGCACUUUUGGGACUAUUCUAUUGGUUCCAUUGUACCAGCCAAACCAAAUGUUUGCAAGUAUGUAAUCUCGGCACCCAGAACCAAAUCUCAGCUUCUAUGUAUUUGUGUUUCUAUGUCCCUCCACACCAUCUCCCUCCCUCCCUCCCCGGCAGGAGGCUAUCUGCAGCUCUUUAGAGGAGUACAACCAGCACAUAGAAGAGCUGAAGCAGGAGAUGGAGGAGGCGACGGAGAGCGCCAAGCGGAUCAGAGAGGACAUCCAGGAGAUGAGGAACAAGUACGGGGUGGUGGAGAGCCAGGAGAAAUGCGCUGCCUGCGACUUCCCCCUCCUCAACAGACCCUUCUACCUGUUCCUCUGUGGUCACAUGUUCCACUACGACUGCCUCUUCCUGGAGGUCAGUAUUGCAAACCCAUUUUAUUUGACCUUUGACCCUAUUUCAAGAACAGUUGGCUAACAGUCUCCCGAGUGGCGCAGCAUCGCAGUGCUAGCUGUGCCACUAGAGAUCCUGGUUCGAAUCCAGGCUCUGUCGUAGCCGGCCGCGACCGGGAGACCCAUGGGGCGGCGCGCAAUUGGCCCAGCGUCGUCCAGGGUAGGGGAGGGAAUGGCCGGCAGGGAUGUAGCUCAGUUGAUAGAGCAUGGCGUUUGCAACGCCAGGGUUGUGGGUUCGAUUCCCACAGGGGGUAUGAAAAAAUAAAAUAAUGUAUUCACUAACUAACUGUAAGUCGCUCCGGAUAAGAGCGUCUGCUAAAUGACUAAAAAUGUAAAUGUAACCAUAUAUACCAGUAGGUCAGUAGCACAUCAUUUUGAUCUUGACCUUUGACCCUAUUUCAAGAAGAGUUUAGCUAACAAUGUAUUUCAGCAAACAGAGGGGCAUUGGGUCAUUACUACGUAUAUUUGUAAAUUAUGUACGCUACACACACAAUGAAAAUGGCUUGGAGGAGGAUAUCCCCAAAAAUGUACACUAGAGCCAGAGAUGACUCAUUAAUGUGUCUUCUUCCCCCAGGAGAUUCAAUAGUUCAAUAGCCUUUUUUAAGUUCACUAGUUACCUUAUAUAAGGUGAGCCCUCACCUGUCCAUCUACGAGCAGACUAAACUAGGGAUCUUUCCUCAGGUGAGCACUCACCUGUCCACCUACAAGCAGACUAAACUAGGGAUCUUUCCUCAGGUGAACCCUCACCUGUCCACCUACAAGCAGACUAAACUAGAUGAGAUGCAGAAGAAGCUGGCUGCAGCCACUCAGACCUCCAAGUCCCGCCACCGCCCCGCCCCCAAGGAGAAGGAGGAGGGGGGUGACACCGCCAGCCUGGGGAAAGGAAGCGCCGGAGUCAGCCGAGAGCAGAUCAAGUCCGACAUUGAUGACAUCAUCGCCUGCGAGUGUGUGUACUGCGGUGAGCUGAUGAUCAAGUCAAUCGACAAGCCAUUUAUUGAUCCACAGAAGUUUGAGGAGGAGAAGUCCAGCUGGCUCUGA